AUGUUGAGACCUCCGGAUUGGCUUAAAUUGCCUGAAGAACUGAUAGCAAAUAUACUUCAACGAUUGAGUUCUAUAGAGAUACUCAACAGCGCAUCAAAAGUAUGCACAACUUGGGAGAAAAUCAGCAAAGAUCCGGCGAUGUGGAAGGUCAUCGAAAUACCACAACCGGUUUAUCAUUGGGAUAUGGAUUACGAUAUUGAGAUAUUGGUUAUGAAGGCAGUCGAUCUCAGCUGUGGGGAAUUGAUCGAUUUCAGUAUCGAGGGUGGUAUUGAAAUCAUCCAUCUCCUUGAGUACGUUGUAAAAGGGAACUUUAUUUAUGUUUGA